AGUGCACAAGACGGUUGUAUUCAUCCCAGUGUGUGUUUCGUUCAGUGUUAAGCAAUAUGUGUCGUUGUCUGUGUUUGUUUUUGGCUGUAAGUGUUGGUCUGGCGCUCGCUAAGCCCAGACUCCCGUUGCCAGGUCAAGUUUAUCAGUUACCUGGAUAUGAAUAUUACCAGACGCCAAAAUACGCCUUUAAUUAUGGUGUAGCAGACCAUUCAACUGGUGACGUGAAGUCACAGCAUGAGAGCAGGGAUGGUGAUGUGGUCAAAGGACAAUACUCUCUAGUAGAACCUGAUGGUUCUAUACGCACAGUGGACUAUACAGCGGAUCCCGUCCACGGGUUCAACGCAGUAGUAUCAAAGACGGGGCCGAACUUGCACGCUGCGCCCGCACCACCUCCACAACAGAAGAUCCAGCCAGUGUAUUACGCUAAACCUAUACCAGUGCCUGUGGAAGUUCCUGAGUACUACCCCCAGUCGAUUUACCCUUCAGCUUCGCCGUUCUUAUACCCGAAGGUCGGCGAUCCCCAAUUUGACUACGGCGGCUUCGAGUUCGAUGCCCCUUACCAACCCCAUAAUAUGAUUAUUUAGACUAAAGAAACUAAUUAUUUAGAAAAAUAAUUUAGUGUUAAGAAUAGUGCCACGGAUUUAUUUGUGAAAUUAGAUUAUUAUAUUUAUGGCCAGUAUUUAUAAAUUGAAUUUAAGGAUAUUCCACCAUUUUAGGUUAGAGGUUGAUUGUUUUAAUGGGCAAAAUCGGCAUAAAUUGAAAAUUAAUUUUGGAAUAGGAAAAUCUAAUUUUAAACAAAGUAAACAAUAUCUGGGGAAGCCAU